AAAUUCCUUCACACUACUCCAUGAAGCUUUGAUCCUCUAAUUUCCUUCUUUUCUUUCAUCUAGUAGUUCAAUUAUUUGUUGAAUCUCGUUUUCAACUGAAAAGAAAGCAAUUUUCCUCGGAAAAAACUCGAUCUUCUGCGAGUUCAAUCAUCCAUGUCGUCGGAUAUACGCUAGACAGGCUUCUCUGCUAAAAUUUCGCUGCUGUCUGUAUUUUUUUUCACUCUCUUUUCAACGAAUCGGAAAGAUUUUCGUUCUAAAGAUGGCUGGAUGCAGAAACGACUUCAACGGAGUAAAUUGCGACGAGAGUUUCAUAUUUGACCUCACGAGUUUGAUCUUGUAAUUGGCAUCUUAAAGAUCGUUUCUUUUUUGUUUUUCUGUUUCUGUCAUUGGGUGUCGAGGAAUGGGAACGGAUAGUUUGCUACUGCCAACAGUUGGACCUCCAAUUAAACCGCGAGCAGGGUUAAGGAGAAAACAGGCUGGAAGAGGCUCUUACAGGGGAAGUUAGGGGCUUUAUUGCAAACAAAAUAUAGGUUGGGAGAGCGUUUUUGAUUGAAAUUUGGUUGCUUUUAGUUGGGGGUGGGGGGCUUUUUGAACAAAAUAAAAGAGUUGGUUUCUGUUUUUGAGGAGAGAUAGGGAUGGGCAGCAGUACAACUAGCAGUGGAUUGCACCAGAUACUGAGAAGUCUCUGUCUCAAUACUGAGUGGAAAUACGCCGUUUUCUGGAAGCUUAAGCAUCGAGCUCGAAUGGUGCUGACUUUGGAGGAUGCGUACUACGAUAAUCAUGACCAACAUGAUCCUUCGGAGAAUAACUGUUUGCAAGAUUCAUUAGAAAACUUGCACAGUGGACAUUAUUCCCAUAGCCCCCUUGGUUUGGCUGUGGCAAAGAUGUCUUAUCAAGUAUAUUCACUAGGGGAAGGGAUUGUUGGACAAGUGGCAGUUUCUGGAAAGCAUCAAUGGAUAUUUGCAGAUAAGCAUGUUAACAGCUCCUGCUCAUCGUUUGAGUUAUCUGAUGGUUGGCAAAGUCAGUUUGAAGCAGGGAUCAGGACCAUUGUUGUUGUUGCUGGUGUUCCACAGGGAGUUGUGCAGCUUGGCUCCUUAAAUAAAGUAUUUGAGGAUGUGAAGCUUGUGAGUCACAUUAGAGAUGUGUUCUUUUCUCUUCAAGAUUCUUAUCUAGGGCAUAUUGCCAAUCCGAUAGAAUGUAGCAUGAAAAGUUCAGUUUUUGAGCCUGGAUUACAUGCAAAACUAUUAGAUUCAGAAGUUAUUUCUUUAGAUAAAGCUGUAGACGAAGAAGGGUCGGGUUUUUCGUUGCCCGAGUUUUCACAUUGCCAAAAAGGCUGUGACAGUUCAUUUGUUUUUCCACUGGGGAGUAAUCAUCAGAAAAGGACAGUUGAAGUGGAAAAUAAGCAUGAAGGGCAUGAGUUAUCCUCAGCAGGGAGUGAUGAGACUGCUAAAUUCUUGAAUCCAAGUUCAAAUGUUUCCAACUUGGAGCAUUUAAAUCAGUUGGGGAGGAAUUUGAUAAACAAUGGGGUAUGCAAAGGGGAGACUAGUGGGUGGAAAAGUUCAAGUAUGGGACCAGAAAAUGUUUACACAAACCAUCCUGUUGUAGAUAGUACGGAUUUAUUUAAUGUUGCACUUCAAGCUGAACAGUAUGGAACAGAUCAUAAAUACUACUCAAACUUACUUCAAUCUGCAAAUAGUGGUACUGUUAAGUUGGGUGGUUUGAAUUCUUAUCAAAAUGAGGUGUUAGACACUCCUGAAUCUUCAGACAUAAAAUUUCAAAAGCAUUUGAAGUCGGGGAAUCAAAAUGAUUUAAGUGAAUUAGACUCUAAAAACACUUCCUCGAAGUUUUCUGCUGGGUAUGAGCUUUAUGAAGCUCUUGGACCAACGUUUUUGAGAAAGAGUAUCUAUCCUGAUUGGCAGGUAGAGAAUACAGAAGCUGGAGCUAAUAUUGAAAUGCUAGAGGGGAUGAGCAGCAGCCAAUUAACUUUCAAAUCUGGUUCAGAGAAUCUCCUAGAGGCUGUUGUAGCAAAUGUUUGCCAUAGCGGCAGUGAUAUCAAAAGUGAGAGAUCAUUUUGUGGAACCGCACCAUCAUCGCUGACUACUGGAAAUACACCAAAGUUUUCAGGCCAAACAAAACAUACUAUUAGUUCAGCAGGUUAUUCAAUUAACCAGUCCUCUCUCAAGGAAAAAAGCACACAGCAAUGCUUGAGUUCGUCAACUCUACGUGGUGCAUUGUCUUCAAAAGGGUUUUCUUCUGCUUGCCCUAGCAACUGUAGUAAGAAGUCUUCAGAACCAGCUAAGAACAACAAAAAGAGGACUAGACCUGGCGAAAAUCCCAGGCCUAGGCCAAGGGACAGACAACUCAUUCAAGAUCGUAUUAAGGAGCUAAGGGAGCUUGUACCUAAUGGAGCAAAGUGCAGUAUUGAUUCAUUGCUGGAGCGCACAGUCAAGCACAUGGUCUUUCUGCAAGGCAUCACGAAGCAUGCUGACAAGCUCAGUAAAUGUGCUGAAUCAAAGAUGCAUCACAAGGGAGCUGAUUUGCUUGGAUCAUCCAAUUAUGAACAAGGUUCAAGCUGGGCAGUGGAACUGGGAAGCCAUCUAAAAGUUUGCUCAAUAGUAGUUGAGAAUAUAAACAAAAAUGGCCAGAUGCUUGUAGAGUUGUUGUGCGAGGAUUGUAGUCAUUUUCUCGAGAUAGUGGAGGCCAUCAGAAGCUUGGGCUUGACAACUUUAAAGGGGGUUACAGAAGCACGUGGUGAGAAGACUUGGAUAUGUUUUGUGGUUGAGGGACAGAACAACAGAGUUAUGCAUAGAAUGGACAUCUUAUGGUCACUUGUGCAGAUUUUGCAAUCGAAGGCUACAAGCUAGCUGCAAUUGCUUGUCACCUCUUGGAAGUAGUAAUGGUUUCCACUGUAACAUAUUGCGAAUGGUUUGUGAUUUUAGAUUGCUUUAUGGUUUUUGUUUCUUGUCUUUAUCUUCCAUUCCCCUAAAAGAAUAUAUAAAGUAGGGGAAAAGAAGAGAGAACAUCCUUGAGAAACAUUUUGUGAAGAGUUUUUGCUUCUGUUCUUCAUAGUG